GUCGAUUCAAUCAAUAUCUUCCAUCAUUGGAAAAGCUGCCAGCGUCGUGCCUUGUUUAUUUUGCUACAUAAACCAGCUCAUUCGCAUCAGUUCAAUCCUUUCUCGACUUCUAGCAUCAUCUUUCAACUUGACUCCGAACACAGCGAGGUACCCUUGACACAGAAUCGAACAUCGAAACACUUUACUACUGAUUCUCUGAAGGAAACCUUGGGUGUCUUUCAACAUGCAGCUCUCAUCCAUCAACAUGAUCCUGUCCAUCGUCUGCCUCAUGCUCACCAGCACCUUGGCAACCGCUUCUCCAAUCGCUGCAGCCGACUUCUUGGAUGCAAAUUCAUUCAAUGCGACUGCUCAUAGAAUUUCCGUUCUCGAGCAAGAGGCCCUCUCCAGCCUCCGCGCUCGCGAUGAUCCCGCCGUCUUCACGAUCCAUCUCGAAGACGACGUCCAGGACUUCAUUGGCUGUGUGCCUGAACCGGCAGAUGUCGGUCGCUGCACAGUCUCCUUCGUCGAACACAGCACCUGGGAUGGCAUCGCCGGUCUCUACAUCUACGACCACUGGUGCAACAAGAUUGGCGUCAACACACACGUCAGCCGCGCCACCCUAGGCUCCAAAGUCGGAGAGAUUGUUGGUGAUGAUCGUGGAUAUUCGAUGCCUUCCGAGCUCAAGUACCUCUUGGUCAUUUACAUCGAUCAAAGCUUCAAUGAGAACACCAAUGGUGGACGUGGGGUUCACACGAAGUAUAGCGGAUAUGACAAGUAUCCGUUCUACAAGAUGGAUUAUUAUAAUGGUUAUGUCCAUAAGGCUAGUAUUGCUUCACAUAUUAGCAUUGGGAAUGGGAAGGAGCAGAAUUAUUUCGUCAUGAGAUUGCCGUUUAACUGUAGAUAG